AAAUAUCUUUGUUACCAGAAUUUAUGGUAUAACUUUUGAGGAUUACAAAUCCCUAAAAAUAGAUCUUAGUUGUAAGACGAGCACUCUUUAUCGGUUCAUACAAGAUUCAAUUUUUAUUGCGCUGGUUGUUUUGAUAAACGCUAGUAAAGAAAAUGUAAAGGACAAUAAGUUAUGUGGACCACGAAUUACAUGGCAGUUGAACUACACAGGUAAAAUACAAAAACGAUUUAAAAAGGUUUUCUUAAUGCUUGUGUAUAUGCUGCGAUGGAAAAUAGUUCGUGUUUGUUGAGUGAUACACUUGACUGUAUAGGGUACAGUGAAGACAUUAUUAGCAUAAGAAGAAAAUACUGGCAGGAUUUUAUGCGUGUAUUUAAUACACAACAAAAGGAAUUAACUGUUGUCGUCGCAGGAAGUAAGGCCGAAGGAAUUACAUCUCUUUAUGAAAGCGACACCGAUCAUAUGCUCCUGUUUAAUGAUGCAAUAUGUGCAGAUGACAUACAGCACUUUUCUCCUGUAUCAGGUUUGACAACCUUACAUGCUGAUACACGGGAAACGCUACCAGGGUAUACCAGGCUAAAGAUGAUAAGUUGCCUUGGAGAAGAUUCAAGUAGAUUCCUCCACGAAAGUACAUUUGAAUCGGGGUCGGACGUGUACAUAUCAAGUUUUUUAUUCGCAUCCAGUAUCUUGCGCGAAACAAGGAAUACAAAGUAUUGUAAAGAUAUAAUUCAAAUUGGUGAGCUAUCCGGUCCAGCAGUUUCCAGAAAGGUUAUGCAGCAUUUGUUAUAUGACCAGGUUGUAGCAUUUCAAUGUUAUUGUCCAAAGAUACUUCAAACAUGGAAAAGAAGAAGACGUCUAUAUAGUUGGCCACCAGUAGACGUACGAGAGGCUGCAGCUUCUAUGCUAGCACAAGUGGUCCCUGUAGGGUGCAAGCUGAGUGAUGACCAAUGGCGGGAAUGGAGGUUCUGUUUCAUACUAUCAGAACUGGAACUGACAUGUAGUUUGAAUGAAACACAAAUCAAACUAUAUAUCCUUUUAAAGAUGGUCGCGAAAGACAUAUUGAAGAAUGUCAGCAAAGGAAUAUCGUCCUAUAUGAUGAAAAAUGUUACAUUCUGGAUGUCAGAAUUACUUCCAAAAGAACUGUUUAGAAAGGAAAAUCUGAUAAACUUACUUUUCCGGUCAUUGGUGUUCUUUAAAAUAUGUAUUUCCUACUCAAACCGGUUACCAUACUAUAUGAUCCCCGGGAGGAAUCUUCUUGCAGAGAAACUUACACCUGACAGCAGACAACCAUUGUGUGACUUGAUCGGAACGUUGAUAGCUGAAGGACCACGCUUCAUUUUCUUCAGAUGUAACAAACUAAGAGCAGUCCUUAAUUCUUCUCCGGCUUCGUUAGUUAUUGACAAAAGGCGACGAAAUAUGAUAGAAAAACUUAUUUAUUUUCAAAUCAUCAUGUCAAUGACUAUGGAAGAUGAAUCCAUUAUCUCUGCUGUAGUCAAAAAAAGGAUGGACUUACUUUUACCUGAAUGGAAAGAAUUAGUAAAUAAUGGCACCCCUGAAGAAUAUAUUGCACUUUUGCUUGAGCAGAGAAUCAAUUCAAUACUUUCAUAAAUGAAAUAAUGUAUAUGACGUUACAAAUCAUUUGUUUAAUAGAAUGAGCAUCGAAAUACGAGGCUAUCUGAUUUGUAUGAGGGCCCAAGUGUUUUGAUGUUCUUUCUCUUUUGUAUCAUAGGCAAACAUUAAAACGUUCCCUACCGCCCAAGAAAAAAGUAACCAAUGUGCAAGCAUCUGAAUAUGACUUUUCUAUCGUUAUCUUUUUCUCUUUCUCUGUCUUUACAAUAAGUACACCUCAGAAAAAAUGAGCCAAUUAACGAGCAUAAAAAUUAGCCAGUUAACGAGCAUGCUCUAGACAGAGAGUGAGUGCGGAUAAUACCUGCACUCCAGUUAAUGAACUGUACAUGUAUUGGUAUACGAUUUAACUCUGACAUGCUUUCAAAAGUAAUGGCUCCAAACCAUGAUACAAUAAUCAUUUAUCAUAUAACUUUGUACAUAGCUUUUAAAAAGUCAUAUGCUUCAAACGAAUAUAUAAGACUUAAGUCUAUGAAUAGAAAAAAUAUAAAGACUCUGACUUAAAUAAAUUUUCAAAACCACCGUGAUAAAAAUGAUUAAGUAUUUAAGCCGCCAUAGAUCUGUGUAUAAAGCUUGUUUUAUGUGACAUUCAAACUUAUGUUUAUUAUCAGUUAAAACCCGAUAGGAUUAUUCAUUGAUUUCAUAUUUCAAUCUAUUUUCCUCUUUAAAUGACGUGUGGUUUUGGUAUCUAUUUUAAACUCUGACUUCAUAUAACGCUGUGAAAACACAUUAUUUUUGGCGCAAGAUAAUGCUGUACAAUGCUAAGAUAAA